AUGAUGGCCGCACCAUCCAGUCCGAUAUUUUGCGGUAAAAGCAGCUCGAUGACCUCCAACAACAUUAACGCAACACUUCGCCGCAACUCGCUCGUGAGUGACCACGAAGACAUGAUCUUGCUACGCGAGAAGCUCACCCGCAUCGCUGUAGGGCGUCUCCACGUCGUGGAUGGAAGAGGCGUGCAAAAAGAUAGCGAAGGGAAAUGUGGUGGGCGCUCCAGCGGGACUCUUAAGGAGCACUUUAAAGUGUUUCCGCUACUACCUACAGAUCGUCCUAAUACGCCUCCUUCGUCCCCGCAGCCGCGCGACGUCUUACGCAAGCAAUUCAAGCACCAACAGCAUUCAAGACGACAGGGAGAAAGCAGUCGAGAAGAUAUAGAGGAUCGCACUAUCAAUUCAGUUAACGUGGAAGUUACUGCCAUGGAGGACGUUGAAGACAGUCACGCUGUGCAUUCACCGCCUCCUGUACGAGGUCAUCGGAGAAGGGCGCAAGCUCAAUUAUCCAUACCUAGACAUCUACGCAACAUGUCCCCUUUUAGUAUCUUGAACAAGUAUCCUGAGGGUCUUCGGAAACGCAAAACAGAUGGAGAGGAUGAACAAAGAGCGAGUUUGAAGAAAACAUCAAGUCAGAUCAACAUACUGGCUACGACAGCGGGGAAGCUGUCGCGUAGUAGUAGCGCCAGUGGGGAACUUUACCAGAAGUUUGUGGCCAGAAAGAGACUUGAUCAGGACCAAGAGAUGGAGGAUGCACCAGGAUGUACAACCCAGCCCCAGUCGCCCCAGUCGCCCCAGAACGCUUUGUACGCGAAUAAAUAUGGUCAUCUCUCUGCGUGUUCAUGA